UUGGACCUUUGGUGCAUACCUUCUCAAAUGUCCCAAAUGGAAUAUAGUUUUGCACCAAUUUGGUCGGUUUGCGUCGUUUUAGAGUUUCAGAUGCGCGCCCAGUCAGUCUCAAUCCUGUCUUUCUGGUGAUUUUCAAAUUUCACCACCGGAAAAUAUUGAUCGAUCUUGUAAGGCUUCACACACCAAUUCUAAUUUACACUUCUUAUUGUAUUUCCGUCAUUGAGUUCGUUUUCGUUUUGCCAAGUGUCAUCUCUGUUUUAAUCCAUUUUACUCCUUUGAUAUUCUUUACUACUUUCGAAACCUACAUGAACCCUAUAAAUUCUAAAACGGACAUCGAGCCCAACUCAGUUAGGCAUCCGACUUCGUUGACUGUAUUUGCCUCAAUUUCAUAUCAAAUCGUCAACCUUUUCAGUUAUUCAGUUGAUGCAGAUGCUUGUUUUUGUUAUUUUUUCAUCCUUACCCAUCAAACGAACAGCCUAUCUCAAAUUGGCCCCAACAUACAUUGUAGCCCUAAACGGAAUAGAGUCACGAAAGUGGAAGUUGCUUCUUUAUCAGGAGUAUAAAGAGACCUUAACGAAAGCUGUUGGGCUACUGUAUAUAUAUGCAUUGCCAUGGAUGGGAACAAUUUAGCUUCUGAUCAAGUGAUUGCUGAACUCAUGGGCAUGGGGUUUCAGAUUUCAGAGGCUACAAAAGCCAUCAAAGAAGUGGGUCCAUCUUUAAACAAUGCAAUUGAUUUCAUUUUAAAUGCUGGCAGUAGAAAUCAAGAAGGCACAUCAAAUGAUUCUAGCAAGAAAGUUACUAGGAAAAAAGACUUAUCUGCCCCUGGAAAACAGUCGGGCGGGCGAAUGCGUCAGUUAAGCAUCAUGGAUCAUCUGCAAUCUGCAGGAAAACCAAAAGUUAACAAGACAUCUCUUGAAUCUGAAACAUCAUUCUCAAGAACAAAGGUCUUGUCUUUUCAUGGAGAAGGGUGUGAAGCCAUUCAACAGCCCAUUUAUUCAUCAUACUCCAAAGCAGAACAGGUUGGAGAAGAUUGGGAACUUAAAGCUAAUGCGUUGCUGCAGAAGCAUUUCGGUUACUCAUCCUUAAAGAGAUUCCAGAAGGAAGCCUUGGCAGCUUGGAUGGCCCACAAAGAUUGCCUUGUUCUUGCUGCAACAGGAUCAGGGAAAUCUUUAUGUUUUCAAAUUCCAGCAUUAUUAACUGGGAAGGUUGUGGUGGUGAUAUCACCCUUGAUAAGUUUGAUGCAUGAUCAGUGCUUGAAACUAUCAAAACAUGGUGUGUCAGCCUGUUUCCUUGGAUCUGGACAGAUUGAUCACACUGUUGAGGAGAAAUCAAUGAGAGGGAUGUAUGAAAUCAUCUAUGUAUGCCCUGAGACAAUCUUGAGAUUGAUAAAACCACUUCAAAUCCUUGCAGAAAGACGUGGGAUUGCUUUAUUUGCAAUUGAUGAAGUUCACUGUGUCUCCAAAUGGGGUCAUGAUUUUCGACCUGACUACAGGCGAAUGUCUGCACUUAGAGAGAACUUUAGUGCCAAAAAGUUGGAUUUCUUGAAGUUUGAUAUACCAAUAAUGGCAUUAACUGCUACAGCCACCACUUUAGUUUGUGAAGAUAUUCUCAACUCAUUGAAAAUGUCAAAGGAUCCAAAGAUUGUUCUCACAUCCUUUUUCCGCCCGAAUCUUCGUUUUUCAGUGAAGCAUAGUAAAACAUGUUCAUCUUCAUAUGAGAAGGACUUCCAUGACUUGAUUGAAACAUACACAAGAAACCAAAAACACAGUAAAAAGAAUAUCUUAAUCUCACCUGCAAGCUGCAGUUCAGUUGGCACAACCAGUCAAGAUGAAACAAUCAAGAACUGGUUGGAUUGUACAGAGGAAAGGGCUUCUUCUGAAACUGAUGAUGAUGAUGAUGAUGUUGAUAUAUCUCUGCCAAAUAAAAGUUUAAAGAGAAAAGAACUUUCGGUUGAAUAUCUUGAAGAUGAAUGUGACCUACUCCUGGAUGCUGAUGACUUGGAUGUUACCUGUGGAGAAUUCAAUGGAAGGUCAUCCCCAAGUGUUUGUGGCAUACAAGGGAAGAAGACAGAAGUUGAGCAAGGGUCAACAAUCAUAUAUGUCCCAACUAGGAAAGAUACAUUAACCGUAGCUAAGUAUCUCUGUAGAUUUGGUGUAAAAGCUGCUGCUUAUCAUGCAAAGCUACCAAAAUCACAUUUAAGACAAGUGCACAUGGAAUUUCAUGAAAAUGCUGUACAGGUUGUUGUUGCAACGAUUGCUUUUGGUAUGGGUAUUGACAAACUAAAUGUAAGAAGAAUUAUACACUAUGGUUGGCCUCAGAGUUUGGAAGCAUAUUAUCAAGAAGCAGGUAGAGCUGGAAGAGAUGGAAAAUUGGCAGAUUGUGUUCUAUAUGCAAAUUUAUCAAGAAUGCCAUCCCUUCUUCCAAACAAAAGAAGUGAAGAACAAACUAAACAAGCAUAUAAGAUGUUAUCUGAUUGCUUCAGAUAUGCUAUGAGUACAUAUAAAUGUCGAGCCCAAAUGCUAGUACAAUAUUUUGGGGAGGAUUUUAGCCAUGAAACUUGUCAUUUGUGUGAUAUUUGUGUUAAGGGACCUCCAGAGAAGCAAGAUUUGAAAGAUGAAGCUCGAGUUCUUAUGGGGAUCAUUGCUGCUCAUUAUGAAAAAAGAAGUCAUGUAGAGGGGUCUUAUGAUGAUGAUGAUGAUGAUGAUUAUAAGCACAAUAGAAGGCAAAUGUGGAUGGAAAUGGAAAAUGUCAGGAUGAUUGUUAGUAAAAUCCGGGAACAGAAUCCACAACAUGCUACUACUGAUCUGUUAUGGUGGAGAGGUCUGAUUCGUAUUCUAGAAGACAAAGGGUAUCUUAGAGAAGGGGAUGAGAAGAGACAUGUUCAGAUAAAAUUUCCAGAACCAACUAAACAUGGGCUGGAAUUUUUGAGGGGCAAAUCAGAGGAACCAUUUUAUGUUUGGCCUGAAGCAGAUAUGUUGCUGUCCGAAACUAUGAUGCCCAAAUCUUACUCAUCUUUUGCAGAAUGGGGAAAAGGUUGGGCGGAUCCCGAGAUUCGUAAGCAGAGGUUAGGAAAAAAUCGACCAUGGAAACAACCACGCCAAAAGAAGAAACGAAAACAAUGCCAUUUGGAUACAGGAACAGUUCGAGGCAGGUUAGCUGCAAAGCUUUCCAAAUAAAAUCACAAUUGAACUUAACUUCAGAUGGGUUUUUGUAAGGUUAUCCAUUCUUGCAUUAUGAUGGUAGGCAAUAAUGUUUGCCAGUUUUAGUCUUUAUGGAACUGGUAUUCUGUCAGGAUUUAUUGACUUAUGUCAACAGUAUGUUGAAUCCAUUCCAUGCCCAUCUUCGUUCAUGACAGGGAUGUUUUUGGAUCAUGAACUUGGAAGGCUACAAGCACUUCCCCACGUCUGAUGUUUACAUAUUAUAAAAACGAGUUUUGUUUAGUUAAAA